UGUACGAGUUGUUUGAAUUUCGUAAGUACUAAAAAUUAUCUCCAUUUAUAAGAGAGCAUUAGAGUGGAAAGACCGCUUACUGACGACAACAUUCCAACUCUGGAUAAGUUUGUGUGAAGUUUAUAUUUCUUCUUGAGGAAUUUAAUUUCCAAUGCCACUGUCCCGUCCCCCUCCCCCAGUGGUAGGAAAGGUCACCCAUUACAGUAUAGAGUUGUUCUGGAAUGAGGCUCUGGACAAAGCUAAAGAGGAGGCUGGGGGGAAGGAGAUGGUGAAGGUGUGUCUACAGGAGCAGGACAGACACAACUCAUGGGGCAACGUGUACACGGGUUAUGCACAUUCACACACAGUCACUGGGGCGGACCCCCAGACUACAUACAAAUACAGAAUACGCUUCAUGACCAAUGCAGAAAACAGUGAAUGGGGCCCACAUCUAACAGUGUCCACCACUAAGGAGCCAUUGAAUGGUGAACAUCUACACCGGGCCAUCAUUAGGGAAGAUCUGAUGGAGAUAGAGAGGAUACUGGACACAGGAGAUGUUCCCAUUGAUGUUCCAGACAAAUAUGGCUUUACUGGACUCAUGCAGGCCUCUCAGAAAGGAUAUACAGAGAAAGAUUUCGGAGCAGAAAGCAUUAUGGAGAUUCUUAUCAGACAUGGUGCAGACGUCAAUGCAAAAAAUGAUUCAGGCAAAACAGCGUUAAUGCUGGCCUGUUUUGCGGGUCAGUUUGAUGCGGUGAAGCUUCUUCGGAGCCACGGAGCAAGGUACGACGACUAUGACCGCGGGGGCUCCACCCCCAUACACUGGGCGGUGGACGGGGGCAAUGUCCGCCUCAUUGAGUGGAUCAUCAAGGACGGUGCUGAUGUCAACCUGAGGGACCACUCCCACGGGUGGACCCCUCUCAUUAGAUGUGCUUCGGUGAAUGGUAAUCGUAGUGUGGCCUUGACCCUUCUGGUUUGUGGAGCCCAGGUCAAUCUCCAGGAUAAGGAUGGUAAGACGGCACUAAUGGUAGCCAUCAUUAACGGACAUCAGGAACUAGUGGAGCUGUUGCUACAGAAGAACGCAGAUAUCACUGUCAAAAACCUGUAUGGUAAAACUGCCUAUGAAAUGGCCCAUUCCAUGGAACGAAGGAAAAUCGCGCGCACAAUCGAAGACUACGUACAAAGUAAGGGCAUUAAGGUGAAAGGAGCCAUUUUAGCGUAAUGGUCAGCGAAACUGAUGAUGCAGAUUUAGAUGUACACACCACACAUUAUACCAAUUAUGGAGAAAAAAACCAAGCUGGAUAUUACAGAGAGGAUUGAGUUUAACAGAGAAUGGAGUCGUUGUCUGACGUAGCCUUAGAUAUCAGUUUAUCUUAGAUGUGAUACACAAGCACAGAAGAGAAAAUGUUUUGACGUUUAUUAAGAUAAUUUAUAAGUUAUGAUGUAAAAUAUAAUUAGACUGUUAUAAAUAAUUGUUAAGUGUUUGAAAAUAUGAAUGAGAUUUUGUGCGAGAAACAAAAUUUAAAGAUUCUGUCUGUUGGUAGUUUGUUUAUGUUGAAAACCAAGUACGGUACAUUUAUGUGUUAAUUAUUAACAUAGUACCAGAUAAUACCAUUAGCUUUUUUUUUUUUAAAGAAAAACCCCCAACACUUUGUCAUUUGGUUCAAGUACAUAUGAUAUGCACUUUGUGUUCACAAGAAGCAAAAUCACUUUGUCUGUGUGUCAAAUUCUUAAAUGGAGGCAAUUUUCACUUAUAUGUAAAUUUCAACAGCAAGAUAAUUAAUGUUUGUUCAUUAAAGAAUUGACUAAGACACUCAACCUUUUUUCAUUAAAAAAAAAAUAAGAACAUCUUUUUAAAGUUUAAAUUUUGUAAUCUUUUAAAGUUUAAAUUUUGUUAUAACACUUUUAUAUGAAGCAAUAUGCAAAUACUUUGAUGCACACAGAUAUAAAAAAAAAGUUUUUCCACAUAUGCAAGAUAUAUUAUAAAUAUGAUGCAAUAUGUACACCAAUAUCUAUAGAUUGUCAUUUUGUAAUUUAGUCGGAAUGUUUGACUUAGUUUGUUGUCAGUUGAAUUGUAAUGUUUGUCAUUGUGCAAUUCACCCAUCUUACAGUUGUACUUGUCAUUAUCAUUAUGUUACAUCCUGAAUUCCAACCUGCAACCACAUUCAGGUAGAAAAUGGUUUUAAUUUUCAUAAAAUAUUUAUUUUUCCGUCCAUUAUUAAUAUAAAAACUUAUGAACUCGCAUAAUCAUAAAUAGUCACUUUCCUCCGUCCAAUUUAUUUACUGUCGAAAGCGAGUUCAUAUAUUUACACCCUUGUCAUAUGCAUUAUAACAUCCAAACCCAAGUCUUAAUUAUUUUAUUGUUUUGCAUAGAAUUUAUUUUCUGCUUUAAGACUGGAUUUUUCUCUCCAUUUUUGAAGAUUUUAACCUAGAAAAUUGAUAUGCAUUUUUUUAAGAAACCAAUUUGAAAAUAACACUGUCUUGUAAAUCAAAAUUAAAGUGCUUUAAAGAUUGUGCUUUCUUUUACAGCUACAGAUUUUCAAUAUGUCAAACAGUGCUUUAUACAAGUAUUUUGUCUUUUUUUUCCCCCUUGUUUAAAAGUGUAAUUAUUCUCAUGAUCUUAAACUGAUUCUAGAUACCAGAGGUCAAGUUGUGAUCAUUUAUUUUUGUUAUGGUAAGUAUUUGCAGAGAUAUUAUUUUAAUAACUUAUAUGUAAAAUGUUUAAUCAAAUAAAUUAGACACUCAU